UUGAAGUAAACCUUACGUCGCUAACAUCACAACCCAAAAUACACACUUAUACAGAACAUCUCAUCAAACAUUCUCUUUCUCUUCUCUAUAAAACACUCCAACAAAUUAAGUUCGGUCAUAAUUUAUUUUUAUUUCUCUAAAGUUAAUUAUUAUUUAAAAAAAAAAUUCUGUUGCUUCAAAUGGAAAAGCACCAAAUCUCCAUAGCUUCAUCGUCAACUUCAGCGUCGCUGCCGCCAACAACGUUCGUUGAGGCUGAUGCAAACACCUUCAAAGACUUGGUCCAGAAACUCACAGGAUUCACCAGCGAUACAGAGAAACUCCCAGUCACAAGUCUUCCCGGAAGGGUUUCCUCAAAACCUUGCAGUGAUCACCACCCAACAGCACCACGCCGUCCACCGUUCAAGCUCCAAGAGCGUAGACAACAACAUGCCAUAAGAAAACUCGAGAUCAAGCUCGGCCUCACCACGCUACGUAACUCGCCUGGUGGAAGUCACUGCGUCUGCGUCUGCCAAGCUCGUGGGCUCGACUCGUCAGUUCCCAGUCCGGUGACUCCACUGGGGUCUGAACCACUCUUUUACUCGAGUUCCGGUACCGUAUCACCGUCGUCUCCGGCAGCUUCAGAAGAGGAAAAGGCGAUUGCAGAGAAGGGUUUUUACUUGCACCCAUCAACAUUAAAUACACAUAGAGGAAACCGAUCACCGGAGCUGUUAACUCUUUUUCCACUUAGUUCACCUAGUCAGGAUGAGAAACGAGAUUAGGGCUCUGUGUUAAAUCCCUUUUUUUUGUUCGUUUUCCUUUUUUGGGCUUUUGAUCAUUCGUGGGUGAAAAAGUGUUAUUGUUGUAUCUUUUGUUUAAUUAUGGAAGCAUGGUUUCUUGAAAA